AUGAUUGUUGAACGAGCACUAGAUAUCAUUCCAGAAGAUAUCCGAAUCCAGAGGUACAGACGAAUGAUGAGAGGGGCCGUUCUGGCUGGCCGAAAGCUGCAUCUUCUACUAGAGCUGCAAAACUACGAUCCUAUGGUCCCCUACAUGGCGCCUUAUAUAGAGGAGGCCAAGUUCCAAAUGCAAGAAGAACAAGAAUUGCUGGCUUUCCAUCCUUGGGAUCGCCGACUGUACGUCUCGGGGUUGAUAGCGUCUCUCGGAAGUGAUCACAUCGAAUCAGCCCUCACUUAUCACGUAUGGAUAUUCGGACAGUUAGGGUUUGACUCUCCAGAAGAACGAUAA